AUGGGAUCUUUCGUGGUGAAGCAAGUGCCUCCAGGGUUUCAUUGUUGUGAAUCGUUGGACAUCAGUACCACAAGAACAGCAUCCAGUCUUAAAGAAUGUGACUCUUUGACACCUGUUUCCUUGACGGCGUACGCGGCAAAGGAGAGCGUGCAGCUGCCCCAGUUGCUCGCAAAAGCUAGAGGUGGAGGUGACGAGGAGACGCAGCAGACGGACCGACGUAGCACCGAGCCCAGCACGGGUGUGGUAGACACCAAGGGCGUUGAUUGCCAUCUGUCCGGUGUGGAGCAGGCAGAGGCCAGGGGGCGAGGCGAGGGUGAGGAUGAAACAUGCACGAGAGAGAAGGGUAGACACAAUACCAAGGGGUUACAUGGUGCCUCUUCGCGGUUGAACGUAACCGAUGGGGGCACCACGCGGAGCAACACCGUUGAUUUGUCUAUCGGAAAUGAAGCUGUUACAGGCGUUGAAUCACUCAAAAGCAUCUUGGAGGAUUCUGGAAAUUUAAUGGGGAUAAACGCGUCAAAUUUGGCCUCGAAAACUACUGAAAUAAUAAACGAAUUCAGUCUAGUCUCUGGAAGGAGUGUGCGUAGGCACUCAGCAGAGGCACGGCCCGUAUCGCCGUCGCCGCGACGGUGGGAUUCAUCGCACAGUUUUGAUAGACAUGGUAGGCUGGGCUCACCGUCGUGGCCUGUGUUGGUGCCCUUCUCCUCACUUCUAAAGAGGAAGAGCGAGUCACCUUUGCAAACGCCACGCAAUGGUGCAGGGAGUGAGCUCCUCUCGUUAUCGAGCCGAGCGAAGUGUGAAGCAGGCACAUUAGCGAAGUUUCCAGGGCAUUGCACGAAGGCAAACAACGGAUUUGUUCUUGUGUCCCCGUCGGAGCGGCGAAUCUCUCCAGAGGGUGGGGCAAUACAAUUGAAACCCUUGAGGCCCAAACUAUCCCCCUUUGUGGGCAGCUCAGUUGCGCCGAUUUUUCCGCGACACUUUUGCUGUUCCUCAACGGGAGACGAGGCAAGCAGAGGUGAAACACCAAGGUCAUCUGUGCAGAUCUCACCACUGGGCAGUACCCCACGGUCCCCAUGUAAAGAAAACAGCCCCACCGUAACACCACCGAAGUUAUUAUUGCCAUCACCAAUGCCUCGAAUGAGGGGGAUGGAGUACUUUUCAUCGUCAACUACGACGCAACUGUCGGGAGAAGGAAAAAUGAGUGAACGCGGUUCAGUUUCUUUCGAUACCACUUUGGAGGACCUACCGCUAGCUGGGGAUCGAGAAGGCAGCAAUAUGUUCUCUCCACAGCCUCGUACUCGACCACGUUUCGUGUCGUUUAGCACAGUGGCGCUUCUGUCUGACUCUUUCACAUCAGUCUUACCUGGUGGCGCAGGGGUGUAUCCAGGGCCAUUGAACCAGCUGUCAAAUACUUUUUUAACCCCACUGGCUGUCGACGAGGCGAAGGGGGACGGCACUGCCGGAGACGUACAGGGCGAGACGGGAAGUGAACUAGAGACGUUAGACAAGCGUCUACCGUUUACCGGUUCGCUUUCUGACCGGCCUGUGACAUCGCCUGGCCUUGUCAUCUCCCCUAUUUUUGGUUCAGAUAGGAUUCUUGCCGGCAGUGACAAAACAUCUGCCUUGCCCACAUCCGUAGCACCAGCUCUCCUGGAGCUGAACGCUUUGGCCGAAAGCACCACACCACGGGGACAACGGGGCAUGGAAUCAAUUCGGCGGGCUGGCGUAGAAUGUUAUGUGGACAACAACGGCCUUGCCGCGGAGAGCUGUAGCCACGACAAAGUUUCUUCCUCACCGCAAUGUCAUUUUCUACCAGUUGUCGAGCGACCGCAGCGGGAUAAUUUGGCCAGACGACGUCAGUUGCGCAUACGGAUGCCAUGA